AUGAAACGCUUUGCAGCUGCCCUUCUCAUGCUCCUGCUGGCUGUGGCUGCCCUUGGCAUCCCGGCCCCAGUCACCCAAGCCUUCAGCGGAGACAUCGACUGCAGCUAUAGCAAGUACCAGAACUUCAACUGUUCGAGAAUGAAAGAUUAUUAUAAAACCAGCAGUGAGUAUCCCCACCGGGGCAUCAUCUUCAUAACUAAGGAAAACAAGAAGACCUGUGCAGACCCUCGAAACAAAAAGGUCCAGUUCUGCAUGGAGUCCCUAGUGCCAAGUUACAAAUUGACACAGAUGUUGGAAGCAUUUCGUGCCUAA